AUGCAACACGAUUCUGAAAGUGAAUAAUAAUAUUUCAAUGAUGCUGAUGAAUACUUUCUUAAUUUACCAUAAAAAUGUUGGGAAUUCAAAAGAGUCAGAGUACCUAAUAUACUUUCAGGAGCUAAAGAUAUCUAUAUUAAAAAAUGGAUCAAAGUCAAUGAUAUUUAUGAUACUAAACAAUAGAAACCAAGAAUUAAUUAUUAAGCUUCUAUCAAUAGAACACAUUAAGAAUUAUAGAGACUAUUAGCUAAUAGUACUACUAAUACUUAAGAAUUAAGUCAAUUAUUACAGAAAAUGACAUAAAUGAAAAAGGUAAUUCAAUUAUUUUACACACCAGCAAGCUGUUGCUUAACAACCAAAAAUAAAAAAAGUUAAUGUUCCCAAAUUUUAUGUAUGUCCUGUAACUACUUGUAAAAAAACAUUCUUUGAUAAUUCUAAAUUGAGAAGACAUCAAUUAGUACAUACUGGUGAAAAACCUUUUAAAUGUGAAUUAUGUUAAAAAGGAUUCUCUUUAGAUUUUAAUCUUAAAACUCAUAUGCGUACUCAUACUGGAGAAAAACCAUAUUCAUGUAGAUAUCCAGAUUGUCAAAAGAGAUUCAGUUAAUCAAGCAAUUUAACAGCUCACUUAAAAAAUCAUUAAAACCCUGAUUAUGCUGGUAUUUUUAUAUUCUAAUCUAAUAAAUAGCAUCUGAAAGUGAAGAAGUUAUAGAUGAGUUAGAAGAAGAAAUUAAUGAAGAAGAUGUUGAUUAAUGAAAUUUUAUAAUAAUUA